AUGUCUUCGCCGGCGCCGCUGACCACGGCGCCACCGUCGACGACCAGAGUGCGCCAGAUUGUGGCGCCCCUGACGACGGUCUACUUCCCUAACUGGAUGUGCAGCGUGUGCUCCUUUGAGGGCACAGACAACAAGCCCAACUACUUCACCGAAUACGUCGAAAACUGCACCAUGUUCCGAGCGGAGCGGCUCUGCCGGUCGGUCGAGCCCGUGCAGUGCUUCCCUCACGUCACGUCCCUCAGCGACAUUGCCGGCACCGGCUACUUCUACUCGCCGGGACUGCACUGCCCGGACAGCUGGAAGACGGUGGCGACGGUGACGGCCGGCCAGGCGGGCAACGCGUCGUCGACGAGGAUCUCAGGCGUGUGGAUGGACACGCUCCUGCCAGGCGAAACGGCGGCUGUGUGCUGCCCCGCCACUCUAUCAUACGUCCCUGUCGAGGGGAUAGACGGAUUCUACAUGUGCAGCAGAAACGUGACGACCUCGACGACGUAUUUUUCUUGCGAGAACAAGACAGGCACGACUGUUUUGGAAAAGAAGGUGACCAACCUAGGAAGCGAUGUGGCCUACACCUACCUGCAAAGGGGGACACAUGUCACCACGCUCCCGUUCAAGAGCAUCCGCCUCGAGGCGCGAUCGAUACAGCUCAAUUGGCGCGCGCAAGACCGCGAAUCUGCCUCCUCGUCCCCAGCCUCUACGACCGUGAGCAGGGGCGCGGACCCGACGAACAGCGUGCCCCAGACGGGCACGCCAACCAGCGACAGCGACAGCGCGCCGCCUCCGCCGCCAACGCUCAGCCAAGCCGCUGUGGCGGGCAUCGCUGCCGGCGGGGCCAUCUUCGUGAUCGGCGUAGGCCUCCUCAUAUUCGCACUUUGGUUCCGCCGGCGGAAGAAGAGGAAGGCCGGCGACGGAAGCCGCGACGAGAAGCCCCCCCUGACGCCCGGCCUAGGCGACGGCGGAUUCCACAAAGCCGAGCUCCCCAGCACCGGCUUAGACGCCGGGCGGGACCGCUUCCACAAGCCGGAGCUCGAGGCGCCGAACCGGUUCGAGAUGGAGGCCCAGGACGGCGCGCGGCUCUUCGAGCUCUACGGCGACGAGGAGUUUAUCCCCGGCGAGCUGCCGGCGGGGGGCGGCGGCGGCGGCGGCGGCAGCGGACCGGUCAUGUCGCCAAGGUCCGGCCCGCCCCCGGCCCAAACCCCGCCGCCGCCGCUGCCGCGGUCGUCUCGCGGAGGGCCACGCCCCGCCCGCCCCGGGAGCAACAACAAGACCAACACCAACGCCAGCACCAGCGCCAACACGGGCCACGCGCGGGACCCAGCUGCUGCUGCUGCGACCCCCGCCGCGACGGCAGUCGCAAAGCCCACGCUCGUGCACGUCCACCGCAAGGCCGUCCCCGCGAGAGGCACGGCCCUGCGCGUGCACCCGCCGGAGGACCCGGGGGGCCCCCGCCACCGCGGCGGCGGCGGCGACGGUGGCGACAACAAGGCCGUAGUAAAUCCCGGGCGGGCGCCGCGCCGCGUCCGGUGCGGUAGCGGACCGGUCCACGACCGUGGGAGCAUAGAAGGAGGGUGGAUAUAA